GCUUUACGAGCCCAUACACAUACACAUGUGCAGCCUGCGUUCUGGCAGAAUGCGCUUGUAGUUGUACCGGCAUAUUCGCGCCUGUUCUUCAAGCCGUUUCUUGAGUUUGACUUUCAGUCAUUUCCGAAUUCUUUGACUCGAACGCUUUCAUUUGCUAUUCGCGAGCUGAUAAGCUGCCGGCGAAUAACAUAAAAAAAUAACGUGGACGCACGUGAAAAUUUUGACAAAUUUUAUCGCGAUGUUGGUGUGAUCGAUUUGGUGCUUUCUCUAUCUCUUUUCAUUUCUCUCUCGGUUCAAAUCCAUUUCGGUUUUGGCACUUUAACGCGAAAUAUUAUGGCACUUUGCUGUGCUGAUCGGUCUAAAAAAGAUGCAUCCAGGAAGUGGAAUUCCAAUUGUAAUCAUGUGCUCGUUUGGGAUCAAGAUGCGUUAAAAGAAGAAGCUGAAUUGGUUCGGCCUAAGGCAUGUCUCGGAGCUCGUCAUUUGGUCACAUUCAUGUUAUUUUUGGGUAUGGCGAAUGCCUACAUCAUGCGAACCAAUAUGUCAAUCGCCAUUGUAGCCAUGGUUAACCACACAGCAUUGCCUAGAGACCACAGUAUACCGACUGAUUUUCACGAAUGCCCCGGUUCCGCUAAUACCACCCACAAAGUUGUCCACAAAGAUGGCAAAUUCAAGUGGGACUCGGUAGACCAAAGCAUAAUUUUAUCGGCAUUUUUCUACGGUUAUGUCGUGACUCAAAUUCCGUUUGGAAUUUUGUCGAAAAAAUACGGCGCUAAACAUUUUUUAGGCUAUGGAAUGCUUAUUAAUUCAGUUUUCGGUUUUUUAGUUCCUAUCGCCGCUGAAUAUAAUUUCUGGGCAUUAAUAGCUGUUAGAUUCAUUCAAGGAUUAGGAGAAGGUCCGAUUGUUCCUUGCACUCAUGCUAUUUUAGCUAAAUGGAUUCCUCCGAAUGAACGGAGUAGGAUGGGCGCGUUCGUAUAUGCAGGAGCACAAUUUGGCACCGUGUUAGCCAUGCCAAUCAGUGGUUUCCUGUCAGAAUACGGAUUCUCCGGCGGUUGGCCGUCCAUAUUUUAUGUAUUUGGAUUGGCAGGCACGUUUUGGUCGUUAGCUUUUCUGUUCAUUAUUUACGAUGAUCCGGAGUACCAUCCUAGAAUCAAAGAAGACGAGAAAAAAUACAUCGUUACUUCAGUCUGGGGUGCUGCUGGAGUAUCGGAACAAAACAUUCCAUGGAAAAAAAUCGUACUUUCAAGUGCUUUUUGGGCUAUAUUGGUAGCUCAUAUGGCUCAAAAUUACGGUUAUGAAACGUUGCUAACGCAGUUACCCACGUUCAUGCAACAGAUUCUGCACUUCGACAUCAAAUCUAAUGGUAUUAACUCAUCUUUGCCAUAUUUGGCAAUGUGGCUGUUUUCAAUGGUUGCUAGUUUCCUAGCAGAUUCUAUGAUAACUUCUAAGAAGUUCUCGAUUACCACUACUCGUAAACUUAUUAAUGCGAUAGGUCAGUAUGGUCCAGCUAUCGCUCUAAUCCUAGCAUCGUACACCGGUUGCAAUCAAUACCUUACGGUAGGCUUAUUAACCAUCGGUAUGGGUUUGAACGGAGCUAUAUAUUCGGGCUUCAAAGUCAACCAUCUCGAUAUAUCGCCCAGAUUCGCCGGAAUUCUCAUGAGCUUUACCAACUGUAUGGCCAACUUUUCAGGAUUAGUUGCGCCCCCUGUUGCCGGUUUCAUUAUAAAUAAACGGCCUACUCAAGCGGCUUGGCGAAUGGUGUUCUUCAUCGCGGCCGGCGUUUAUGUCAUAGGUGCCACAAUUUACCUGAUAUUCGCAUCCGGUGUUCGACAACCGUGGGACGAUAAUCGACUGAUAAAUCAAAGUAAAACUAGAAGAAAACCAGAAAAUGGUUCGGCCGUCGAGAACGGUACCACGAACGGGCCAAAGAACGUAUACGGUGUUACGAACGGUAUUUUCGAUGAAAACGCCAAGCAUUGAAUGUACAAGUGAUGGUCUUUUUUUUAGCGAUGUGCAAAGGCCUAAUUUUUUUACGCAUUGAGGCCGAGUUUUUUUUAUGUUUUGUAAAUUCUUCUCUUCUUUUUUUCUUUGUCUUGUUUUAUCGAUUCGAACAUUUUCUUUUUUUUUUAGAGGCUAGGGUAACUGAUUCAGUUUGUAAAGUUGGUGUCAUAUUCAAGGAUUUUCAUCAACUUUCGAAAAAUAUGAUCUCGAGCGUUAUUCUAGUUUUGAAAGUGAAAUAUUCUCUGUAAUAGCAAAAGUUUUCUGCAAACUUUGCAAGCAGAUGUAACUCGUAUAAAAAAUCGACUCCCAGUUCGUUACACGUAGAAGUAUAUUUUUUUUGUCUAAACUGACGUAGGUAUCUAGUUUACUUUUGAGAUUUUAUUUUGAAAAAAAAGAACAUAACUUAAAUAGAUUGAAAAAAAAACAUGAAGUGAUAUACCUAUUUGAAUUAUUUUUAUCUAUUCUUAUCUAUUUUACUUAAAUAAAUGCUGAUUCAAUUAAGCUAAAAUAAAAGUAGGACACGUAUAGGUGUAUUUCUGCAAUCUGGUGUUUGCUUUUUUCAUCAUCUGCCACACCGGCUUGCAUUUUUUUAUUAUAAUUAUCUUAAUUCACGAAAUAAGAAAUGAUUCAAAAUGUAGAAUAAAAUUCAACAAAAACUUUAAAACUAAUUUUAACGAUGGCAAAAUAUUACAAACUGGAUCGGUCAUCUUAUUACAAAGUCGAACAAAAAAAAUUCUAUUAGAAUUGUUUUACUUAUUACAUAAUCUGCAUAUUUUAUUGUUUUUACUUUACGAGUAACUUGAAAUGUGUAAUUUUAAAUUUUAAUAUUGUCCCAGUACCCUGAUAAAUAAAUAAAAUAGUUUUGCAUCGAAGGUUGUAUAUGCUCGGCGCACACUAGGCGCAUGUAUCCGGUCAAGUCUUCCAUUAGCAUAUAAGAGAUGUAGUAGCCUAUAACUCGAACUCAAAAUAUAGUAUCAGUCCCUCUUUACCUCAAUCCCAUAUUAAUUAAUGCUAAGAAAAAAUUCACUUACCUUUGUGUGUAUACUAUUUUUGACAAUAAAUUUUUCAUUAUGUAAAAUACCUAUCUAUGGACGACGAUUGUUUUUCAUAUCGGGUAAGUAGGUAUUAAAAACUUCGGAGAUUAGGACUCGAAGUGUGAUAUCGUUGUUAAUUUUUUUUUCUUCUUGUGUUGUUUUUUAAUGUAAAAUUUAUUUAAUCUUGAAACGAUUAUUAGAGUUUUCAUUGUGUAUCGAGAGCAUCACUGUGAGCUUAUUCGAAUAAAAAUUUCCCAUCGUCUCGUCACAUAUACUUGAUUCAAAUUUUUUUUAUUACGUUAAAGUAUUAUCGAAUGAGCAAAAAUGACGUUACAACUUACAAUUCGACGUAUUUUUUUUUCAUUUUUUCCUCUCCUACAUCUACGUUAGAGAAACGUACCUACCUAUGAAACAGAGAUGUUAAUGUAGUAAUUUAUUUCCUUUUUUGUAUUAUUUAUUGAAAUUGUUUUUCUUCUCUUUUUUUCAUUUUGUAUUUUUGAAUAAAUUUUGCUCAGUUGAA